AUGGAACAGGCCAACUCAAAGAAGACCAAGAAACAUCUCAAUAAAGAUAAUCAAAAGAGCGCGAAAAGAGGCCAGAAAGAAGAUAAAAAGAACAAGAAGCCAAACGGUUCACAGGCUUCAAAUAAUGGAAAGACCAGUAGGAGCUCUAGAAACAGGAAACGGGACCGCUUCAAGAGAGAGAAGGAGUCCAAUGGUGUCAAGCUGGUUUUGCGAUUGCUUCCUCCAGGUUUAACCGAGGAACAAUUUACACAAACUUUAAUAGCCAAUACUGGUAAAUUUUCAGAUUUCAAUGUAGUUGAAUGGUACUAUGUUCAAGGCUCCUAUCCACUCAAGCUCUUUUCAGAACCCACUCAUUCUCGAUGUUAUUUCUUAUUUGGGGCGAUGGAUCAAUUAAAAGAGUUUUCGGCAAAGGCAGAGCAAGUUAAAUUCACUGAUGAUAGAAAUAAUAGCUCCUCUCCUACUUCAAGGGUAUCUCUGUACCCAAGAAUGGUUAUCAAAGAGACUAAAGCAAAUAAACGAAACUCAAAAGAUAUUGAGGGGAAAAUACAAAAAGAUCCUCUUUUCAAAACUUUUGUGGAUUCAUUGAAACUACUAGAGGAACAUGGAUCGGAAUAUGGUCUUGAAAAUGUUAGCAUAUUGAAACCUAUGAAGAAGGAGCUGGCUAAGAAAAGGAGUAUUGAAUCGGAAAUCAAAUCUAGAUCAGAGCUAGCAAUGAUUGAAUUGACCGGUCAUAAGAAAAAUCGCAAGAGUAAAGGAGAUAAAGAGAGCAAACAGGACAAGAAUAAUAAUGACAAGGAAGGUAAGAAAAAGAAGAAAAAAUCCAAGAAGGGUACUGCUAUGGAUGGCUUACCCGAGAGCAAUUCAGUUGAUGAGAAGAAAACAAGACGGAAGAGAUCGAAAAAGAAGAAGAAAGCAGCAAAGGAAGGAAUUGAUUCGCAGCCGCAGGAAAACGUAGUCAUCUUGGAAGCUGCUGGAAAAAAAGAAUUGCAAAGGAGAAAAAAUCAACAAGACGCCAAGACUAAAUCAAAGAAGGAAUCUUCGAGAAUUGAGGGUUUAGAGUCUUUACUACAACCGAAAAAAAGAUUCUAG